GAAAUGACGCAAUAGGGAAGUUUUGAAGCGGCGCUUCCGGUGUAGCGGCAGUGUCGUCUUUCGUGGUUUUCAUGUUGAAUUCUAACAAAGUUGGAAACAGACACUGGGGUUUGUUUUUUUUACAGCGUCACAGGACCGGAAGUGCCCUCGUCGCUGUGUGCUGUGGCUUUGACGCAGCUCAGCUGUGUCACGCCGCAAAAAGCCAGGCCGGAUGUUUAGCGUCGUCGUCGCCAGUGUGUGAUGGGAACAUCCAGACGCUGCUUCUGCUCUCUGUCGGACACGAAGCGGCUCCGGCUCCAGCUCCGGCGGCGCCUCACAGUUGCCGGCAGCCCCUCCUCCUCCUCCUCCUCUUCCUCGUCGUAAAAGCCCUCUGCGCUGUGAUUGGUGGAGGAGCUGCCACUCUGGACGAGGGGACAUUGUCGCUCCAUCUGCUCUGCUGCUCAUUGUCCAACGUUGUCCUGCUCCUGCAGCUCUGGAGGAAAGUGCUGCGCCCGUCUGUGCUUCACCUGCAGCUCGGAAACUCUUUGAAAAUUUUGGAUUAAGCUGCUGUGGGGAAAAAAAAGUCUGGAUUAAAAUGAUGCAAACAUGAGAUAAAGCACUUGUGUUUCUUUUAAAGGCCUGUCACUGAUGAGUGGAGCUGCGUGAGAGGGCAGCAGUCGGCCCGCGGUGCUGGAUGUCUGUGACAGACCCAUGGGUCAGAAGGACCAUGAGGAGGCAGGAGCAGGACACAUCCUCGACCUGGAGCUGGAUCUGGAGUAUCUCCACGUAGCUGGGGCUGACCGGCAGGCUGGCAGUGCUGACGGACCCCCUGCUAUGGAGGAGCAGGGGGAAAACUCCCCCCUCCCUGCUGUGGCGGAGGAAACCGCCGCCGUCUCUGAUGCCAUUUGUGAUCCGUCGUUGUCUUCCAGCUCCGCCCACACUGUGGACGGAGGAGAGGGAGCGUCCGCUCACAGCAAGAUCACGCACCAGCCGCUCUGUCGGACCCAGUGUGUGGACUUGGGCACCGAGGGACCUCCUGAACCUCCUGAGCCUCCUGAGCCUCCUGCUGAACUCUCAUCAGAGCCUGAGCGAGACUCAUCUGCUCAGUCUCCGCCCACUUCACCACGCAAGAACCCGCUUGGUUGUCCGCCCACUCCGGCUAAAGCAGAAGCGGGAGGGAAGGGGUACCAGGCGAAGCUGGAGUUUGCCCUGAAACUGGGCUACUCCGAGGACACGGUGCGGCUGGUGCUGUCCAAGCUGGGUCCAGACACGCUCAUCAACGACAUCCUGGGAGAGCUGGUCAAGCUGGGCACCAAGACGGACGGCGAGCAGCCGCCCGCGUCGCUGGCGUCCACCUCGUCCUCGUCCUCCUCCUCGUCCUCGUCGUGCGCCUGCUCCGAUGUGCUGGACACUCAGAGGUCGGACUCACCGUGUCUGUCGGACUCUCUGUGUGACCAGGACAACCUGCGGCCAGUCGUGGUGGACGGCAGUAACGUAGCCAUGAGUCAUGGCAACAAGGAAGUGUUUUCAUGCCAGGGCAUCCAGCUGGCUGUGGACUGGUUCUUAGAGCGCGGUCAUCAUGACAUCACAGUGUUUGUGCCUGCAUGGAGGAAGGAGCAGUCCCGCCCUGAUGCUCCGAUAACGGAUCAGGAGAUCCUGCGUCGCCUGGAGAAGGAGAAGAUCCUGGUGUUCACGCCGUCGCGCCGCGUCCAAGGCCGCCGCGUGGUCUGCUACGACGACCGCUUCAUCGUCAAGCUGGCGUACGAGUCAGACGGCAUCAUCGUCUCCAACGAUAACUACAGGGAUCUGGCCAACGAGAAGCCCGAGUGGAAGAAGUUCAUCGACGAGCGGCUGCUCAUGUACUCGUUCGUCAACGACAAAUUCAUGCCUCCUGAUGACCCUCUUGGUCGCCACGGCCCCAGCUUAGACAACUUCCUGAGAAAAAGACCCGUCAUGCCCGAGCAGAAGAAGCAGCCUUGUCCAUACGGAAAAAAGUGCACUUAUGGCCACAAGUGUAAGUACUACCACCCAGAGAGAGGCGCUCAGCCUCAGCGCGCCGUGGCGGACGAGCUGCGAGCCAGCGCCAAGACCUGCGUCACCACAAAGAACCAGGGAGACGCUGGGCUGGUGAAGAGCCACAGCGUGCCCGCAGGAAGCAUUGACGCCAAAAAAGGCAGCGCCUCGAAGAGGCAGUCGGACCCCAGUAUCCGCGCUCUGUCGUACAGCGACGCUGAGGAGAAGCUGCUGCUGGCUAAAGGGAGGAUGGAAAGCCAAAAGAGCAGCAGCAGCAGUUCUAGUAGCAGUUGCAUGUCUCCAGCCCCAGGAGGCCCUCCAUCCGGCCUCAGCCUGCCCCACGAGCAGCAGUCCAGAGCUGCCACUCCUCACGGUCUCCUCCCCGCCUCCAGUCAUGACCUUUACCCUCACUGUGAGUCUCCAGACCUGAGCUACUACUCGGUAACGCGUGCCUACUCCGGCCUGAGCCUCUCCUCCAGACGGAGUCCUGACUGUCGCUUCCCCGGCGACGCAGACCUGCGGUUGGGCUCGCUGGGCUCAGCAGGCUCCGAGUGCGGCAGCGAAAGCAGCGCGAGCUGCGGGAGCAGCUGCGACUCGUACAGCGAGAGGCUGUGUCCCGGGUGUCCUCCUGACGCUUUACUGGAAGACAACGUCCACUUCUCUGCUCCUCACGGUCGACUGUAUCCCCAUCACGCUCCGUCAAACCACGACCUGUGUGCUCUGCAGCCUCCCGAUUACCCCAAUGUCCCGCACAGCCACGCGUCGAGCCCUGGCGUGCACAGCUACCACAUGAGUGUGACGUGUGGGCAGAGCUGUGGUCACGAGCAGCCUCCUCCGCCUGACGCUCCACCAAAGCGCCCCCUCUACCCGCUACCGCCUCAUCUCCAGCACCAGCAGCUGGCCGCUCGCUCCAGCUGCCCGGGCGACUACCACUCCCUCUCCCAGAGCAGCCCUCACCCACCCGGCUCUCCCCUGGGUCGCUGCCUGGCCCCCACGCGAGCCGAGAGCGUGUCGGACUCACGUCUGUACGAACACCACGCCACGUCGCACCAUCACCACCGGCCUAAAGCUCUGCCCAGCUGGGACUCGUACUAUCGACAGCCACCGCUGCCGCCGUCCAGGUACGAGUACCAAAGUCUGCCAGACACGCGUCAGUCGUCCUGGCACGCCCCCCCCUGGACAGAGGAGGGCUACGCCCAGCGGCACCACUCCUCUCACCCGGCUCUCCACCCGUCCCCGACACAUUACCUGAACCACCCACCGCCUCCUGCUCACUCUCCUCAUCCCUCCAGCUCCCCUCUCCCUCCUUACCCGCCUCACAGCGGCCACCUCGCCAUCCCCUCCCACGCUCCUCCCUCCUACAUGCUGCAGCACUCAGAGUCGCCCGCGCACGGCCGCUACAGCGACGUGAGGGAGAAAGCGUUCAUCAACCUGUGCAACAUCUUUCCCUCGGAGCUGGUGAGUCGAGUGAUGGCCAGAAGUCCCCACAUCACUGACCCCCAGCAGCUGGCAGCCGCCAUCCUGGCAGAGAAAGCUCAGUCAGGAUACUGAAGACGGGAGGAGAGGGGAGAACACAGGGAAGCAUGCCGGGCGUGCAUGGAGGAACACAGGAAUGCUUUUGGAUCGUUUUUCUCACCAUGAAGUUGAGGUCUAAUAAGAUACUGACGGUAGUUAGUUUGUAAACUGCCCACACCAAACCCCAUAGAGAAAAUCAGUGAUUUUAGCUCAUGGUGACACAGGAGCUGCUGGUCUGCUGCUGCCUCCUGUGGUCACUUUGUGUCACUGAGAAUCUGUAUGAAAGACUGAAAAAUAUGACACAUUAGACCUUAGUGAUGGAGGCAGCGGUGCAUCAACAGCUCCUGUGUGCUGUGAUGUGAUGAAAUCACUGGUUUUCUCAGUGAGGUUUGGUGCAGGAGAGUUUUGUCCCUGCGCCGUGGUCUCAGGCUGUUUGCUGGUAAAUCCAGAGUCAGUCCCUCAUACAACCACACGUAAGAGCGUAAGAAAGCAUCAAUUUUAAUGUCGCGCAUCAUUUUUUAAGGAUUUUGUUAUGCUUCAAAAUAUUAAGGCACUUUUUUGUUUUAUUGUUUACUGACUGAUGGAUUAUUUACCACAUUCAGAUUAUUAGUGGCGGUGUGCAAACACUUGUUUGUACUGUACUCAAACUCUCAGACAUUUUAAUCGCAUGUGUUUUGGCACCAGAUGGAGAUUUUCUACUUCAUUACUGAAAAAAAAAAAGGGUAAUGUAUUCAAAUUGAAUUAAUUUAACUUGUGUAUUUCUUAAUUUAAAGGUGUAAUAUGCAAUAACUGAGAGCCAAUCUUUUGUUACCAAAGGAUGAGCUUUCUCUGGCAGUAAAUCCACACAGACGACGCCCUCUGCUGGACACCUAGGGCAACGUCAUGUCCUCUUGCUUUCACUAGCAUGACUCAGCUAAUCGCGAUAUAUAUACGUGGUCGACGUGACACUUUUGAACGCAGCAGGUUGAAAUCACAGUGCGCUGUGUUCCAUUUUUAUUCAUUUGUGAAUUUGUGUGCCCAAGAUACCGUUUUUAGCGACUGGAAUUGCUAACGACAGCUAGCCCGAGACACGUUUUGUAUUUCUGACUUCACAGAUGGAACUCGUGGGCCGACGUCACUCCCAGUUCCAACUUUUUACAAAUUAAAAGCGGCAUCAGCCAGCCAGACUAUUUCCGAUAUGUGUUGAGUUACAAAUUCUAGUAUUUAGUGACAAAUUUUAGUAUUAAGCGACAAAUUCUAGUACUUUGCGAUAAAUUCUAGUAUUUAUUCAAGUGGCCCGGUUGCCCGUCUUAGUCAGACAUCUUAUGGCUCAGUCUGUCAUCUACUGUGCAUUUACAUCGACUAAUGUGAGGCUGAAUGUUGCAUAUUGUACCUUUAAUCGGUGGUAAAUUCCCAUCUGGUCGUCUCCUGUUUCAAACUGCUGUGUGUGUGUGUGUGUGUGUGUGUGUUGUGUCGGGUGAAAGACGGUGGUCCUGGUGGUGACCCUGUCGUGUGUACCUUAGUUUUAGUAAGGGACAUCUCUCUCUCUCUCUCUGGCCCUUUAUUCUGGGUCAGCUCUGGUUUCUGCCACAGACGGCACUCAUCCUCCUCUUCCUCCUCCUCGUCAAACCAAACACGUAUAUAAUGUGCUGCUGUAAAUAUAUUUAACAUAAACUCCCUGCUGACUCUGGUCUCGGCUGAAUCGGCGUCAGACAGAGAAAAAACCUUGUUUGAUACAAAUUGUAUCAUGAACUAAAGUCACUGAUGUUCUACACAGUGUCACACACACACACACACACACACACACACACACACUCAUGUGUUUGCAGUGCUUCGCUUAACACGCGUCCCGACCUUUGACCUCAUGGGAAAUUUUAGCUUUUACUUCCAAUGUGUGACGAAACAUUAAGGAGUUCCUUCCGCCUACUUUGUUUAGGUGAAGCGACUUCUUCAUGAAGCUGGCUUUUACGAAAGCCAGCUCCAGAGUCCGGUAAGGGAAAAAUAUCAUUUUUACUACAAAAAGUAAAGCAGAAAAUCAGCUACAACCUCUGUGCAGGGACCGUCUACAAAUUCCUAUUCAACUCGUCACCUAUUUUGGCCAAAAACAUACCUCUUUUUUUUUUUUUGCACCUUUUGGCGAUUUUUAUUCAGAAUAUUUCUUAAUAUCUUCACCAUAAUACACUGUGGUCAUUAUAUAAUCACUAUAAACUUUUUUUAUCGCCCAUAGAUUAUACUAAAAACACCAAUUUGGGGUAACAAAAAGACUAAUUGAUAAUAAAAAUUCCCAGAAAUGUAAUUUUUUUCCCCCACAUUUUAUAUGUAUUAUCUAUAAGGGAUAAGUGAAGUCUGUAUUGAUUUUAUAGACACUAUACUGGAUUAUGGUGAAGAUAUUGAAGAUUUGAUUUCUUGGGGUUGCAAUUUGUAGACGGUCCCUUCACGCUCAUAAACAGAAGGAACACCUCCUGUGUUCUGUAAAAGAAAAACUGUCCAUUUUAGAAUGAGAGUGAAUUAGUCUAAUUAUUACUUUAAUUUUUAUUUAUUUUUUCGUUCUUGCAGUGUUUGAAGAUAAAGAACCAACCUGAGACGCUCACAAACUACACUGCCAUCAUUUCUGACGACAUACAACACCAUGACUUUGUUUCUUGGUAUCGAGACAACACAGUAUAUGGCAUUUGUGUCAUUUUAUUGACCGUGCACGAUACUAUUUUGGGACAUUUUGACCACGUAACAAAUGUUUUUGACAUUUUGAGCACAUAUUUGGUCCACAUGAUAUACUGAGGCUUUUGUGUCAUUUUGUUGAUACUGUAUCCAAUUGUUUUGUAACAUUUUCACAAGAAAAAAACGUUUUGACAACCGUGACAUUUUUUUGACAUUUUGACGACGUAAAUUUUUGAUAAAACUCUACUUCAUUUGUUAAACACAUUAUAAUAUGUAUAAUAUAAUAUGAAGUUUUUUUGACGACGUAGUAUACUGUGACUUUUGUGUCAUUUUAUUGACAUGUUUGAUAUUUUUUGCAACAUUUUAACAGAGAACAACUGGCUUGAUGACUAUGACAUAUUGACGACGUGCUAUCCUAAAAUUUUGGCCAUUUUUGAUGAAACUCCACUAGAUUCUUUGACAUUUAAAACACAUAUUAUAUGAAGUUUUAUUUCCAUUUGUGACAACAUCUACUCUGACUUUUGUGACAUUUUGAUGACAUUUUACUGACACUUUACUAUCCAGAACAUGACUGUUUUGUUUUUGACGACAUGCUGUACUCGUCCGUAUCUCAGGCUGGUUCUCUGUGACAAGCACACUUCAAAAUGCCUGUGAACGUCUUUAUUCUACCCGGUUAUAUGAAUAACAUUGAGCUGAUUUUUAUUUAUAAAUGACAGAGUGAGCGGACAGACCCCCACAUGCCAUGCUAAUAAGCAUUUUGAAUCUGUUUAACUUGAAAUGAUUCAGUCAGUAAAGACUGAAUAUUGUUGAGUUCCAGCAGUGAGCUCACAUUACUGUUGCAUCACCAGCUACAUGAAGCCCACUGGACUCUUUCCUGUCCAACGCGUCACUUUGUACAAAUAUACAAACGCGUACACGUCGCGUUGUUGUCGCGUUGUUGACAUGAGGGAACCUUAGUGUGUACUGAAGAAGCGCCUUCUCUCCGGCCUCCUGACACCGUGUGUCAGCCGGGCGUCCGAGCGUGGGCCUAAAGUAAUGCCUCUUGGUGGCAUUGUGCUUAUGACACAUCCAAUACUCUGAACUAUGUUCAGCUAACUGUUAUGCAUGUUUUACAUUUGUUUUAAUGUGUGAUAUUUUAGUUUUGAUUUGUGUACCAAGCUGCUUUCUGUCCUGGACACAACCUGAUGCUUUUAGGUGUAGCCGUUUUCCUUUAAUUUAAUUCACGUGUUAGUUAGUGUUUGUCUCAGUAAGGCACUCUCCUGUCACACACUUACUUCCUUUAAAGCAAGGCUUUACAUUUACUCCAAAAGACCACAAAGCAUGACUUUGAACGUGUACAUCUUCACAUGAUGACCACGUUCAUAUUUUUGAAUUUUGUUUGCUUUGACAUUCGACCGUAGAUAGUAUUGAAACCAUUGUAAUGAAUUGAUGUGGUGUAGCUAUUACUGUACGUGUACUCGUGUAAUAUAUAUAUACAUAUAUAUAUAUAUACACUAUGGUACAGAGACUUCUGUUUAAAUAUGAUGUUUACAUUUUGUAAUGGUGUAACUGAUGAUUGUAAACAACUCUCAAUUGUAACUGUAUAUUGUGAUUAAAAAGACGCAGUAGAA